GGUGCGAGCCGAGAUGGGCCUGGUCCUCCAGGGAUGCCUGCUCCUGUGGAGUCUCCGAGGCGCACUCACCCAGGCCGCCCAUGCCGGGAUCACGGCCAGGGUCACUCAGCGGGCGCUGGACUAUGGUGUCCAAGCUGGGAUGGAGAUGAUGGAACAAAUUAUAAAAGAAAAGCACAUCCCAGAUUUAAAAGGCUCUGAGACGCUCGAAUUCCUGAAGAUCGAUUAUGUGAACUACAAUUUUUCAAAGUAAGUAAAAGAGCCCUCUUCCUUCCACGUGGGAGGCUCCGGGGGAACACCGGAUGUCUAUUCUCAUGACUGCCUCAUGGCCCAACGUGGCUGCUGUAGUUACAGUCCUCAGAUCCAUGUUUCAUGCAGCUGGGAAGAGGAAGUGCAAGGGUAAA